AUUAAAAAAAUAUUCUGGAUUGUCAGAAUAUGAACUAUACAGAUAUAUUUGAGAUUAAAUUAUAUUUUCUUACUAUUAAAUAUUAUAACAUUCGAAUAUAAAAAGAAAAUGUUCAUGCCAAAUAUUCAAAUUUCCAUUAGAUAAAAGGAAUUUAUAGGUUAGUUGUGAAUAAAUCUAAUAAAUUAGAAUAAAAAUUGAAGAAACAAUAUUGUGUAAAUCAGAAUGUUCGAAGAAUGUGACGUAAUGUUAGAAUUAGCAGGGCUUCCAACUGAUCCACCAAUAAAAAGAGAUAUUUGCGACAAAUGUGGCCGUCCCGAAACCGUAUGUUAUUGCCAAUGGGUGCCAAAACCCCCUUUGUCGCCUGAAAGCAGGAUAAUUUUAAUUCAACAUCCAGCUGAGGAGAAAAGAUGUUUACGUACAGCUCCCAUGCUUGAGUUGGGAUUAGAACAGGAUAAAUGCUUAAUAUUUAAAGGAAAACGAUUUCCAGGCAAACACAAAGUACUGAGUGAUAUUCUAAAUGAGCCAAACACAUUGUUGUUGUAUCCCAGUCCCUCUGCUGUUGAUAUAAACAAAUUGGUUGAAGAAAACCCAGGACAAAGUUAUAACAUUAUUAUAAUUGAUGGAACUUGGCCACAAGCUAAAGCCAUUUAUACAGGCAGUCCAGACUUACAUAAAUUGAAACAGGUUAAACUUUUAACCACCAGUACAAGUGAAUAUAUAAUUCGGACACAACCAACAGAUGGUUGUCUUAGUACAUUAGAAACAGCAGCAGAAACAUUAUCAAUUGUUGAGAAAAAUUCUGUGUACAAAGAAAAAUUGUUGGAGCCUCUGAAGGCCUUGUGCAUGUUUCAAAUUAACAAUGGAGCAGUGUCACAUCAAAGUAAAGAGUUUUUGAUUAAAAAUAACACAUACCCAAAACUGAUAGGAAAAAGAUUGAACAAAGUAUUGAGGUCAGCAGACACACUAAGAACUCCUGAUGCUCUAAAGUAAGGUUUAUACACAUUGUAUUAUAUUUUGAAUAAUAAAUAUAUGUUUAAUAUUUUGUAAUAAAAAAAUA